UCAGAGCUUGACGAGUCGCGCAAAGGAUUUCUUCCUUUUUUUUAAUGUAAAGUCUGGGCGGCAAAUUGUUCAUUUCCCCACCAUCUCAUAAACACUGGAGUUGCUUUUUAUUCAAUUUUUCAUCUUUUUUAAAGAAGGGGUUUGAAAAUGAAGCAGUAGAGAAGAGAAAUGCAAGAGUCACUCGUCUCCCCCUCGGAGUAACGCCACGCUGGAAGCCUCGCCACGAUGGAAGGCCCUGCUGAGUGACCUAUCGCACCAAGAACCUUUUGCCGACUGUCUGAGGAGCCAUCCGUCAGCUUGACGAGCUUUUCCGUUGUCAAACAAACAAAGAACAACAGCGUCGAGGAUGUGGAGGAGGUUCGGGGAGAUGGCGAAGGGUGUGCGCAUGUCCUUGCUGCUGCUGUGGAUUACUUUGCUUCCCUGCGUGUCAACGAUCCCCGUCGGAGCCGCUGAUACCGCAGCCGGUCCCGAUGAAGGACGGCGACUGCUGAGCCGAGCCAAAAGAGGAUGGGUUUGGAACCAAAUGUUUGUGCUGGAGGAAUUCUCUGGACCCGACCCAAUCCUGGUUGGCAGGCUCCACACGGACUUGGACGUAGGUGGCAAGCGCAUUAAGUAUGUGCUGGCUGGCGAGGGGGCCGGCACCAUCUUCGCCAUCAAUGAGCUUACCGGCGAUAUCCACGCCAUGAAGAGGCUGGACCGCGAGGAGAAGGCCGAGUACACCCUCACGGCUCAGGUCAUUAACGCCGACACUGACGAGCCGCUGGAGCCACCGUCCGAGUUCAUCAUCAAAGUGCAAGAUAUCAACGACAAUCCACCACAGUUCAUCGAGGGUCCUUAUCGGGCAGCCGUUGCCGAGAUGUCGGCGGUCGGUACCCCGGUGACCCGAGUGACCGCAACUGAUGCCGAUGACCCGGUGUACGGCAACAGUGCUAAGCUGGUCUACAGCAUCCUUGAGGGGCAGCCCUACUUCUCUGUGGAUCCCAACUCAGCCACAAUCAAAAUCGCCCUCCACGGGAUGGAUCGAGAGAUGCGGGAGGAGUACCUGGUGGUCAUUCAAGCCAAGGACAUGGGCGGUCACAUGGGCGGCUUGUCUGGGACCACCACCGUAACCAUCGUGCUCACCGACAUCAACGACAACCCACCCAAAUUUUCAAAAAAUUUGUAUGAGUUUGUGAUCCCCGAAAACCUGCCCGUUGGGCAGAUGGGAGGCAAGGUGAAGGCCAAUGACCGGGACGUUGGCGACAAUGCCAAAUCCACGUACAACAUCAUCGAGGGGGACGAGCAAAGCGUGUUUGAGAUCAUCACAGACCCGCAGACGCAAGAAGGGAUUCUGCGACUCAAAAAGGCGUUAGACUUUGAAAGCAGGAGGUCGUACACACUGAAAGUGGAGGCCACCAAUGUGCAGUCAGACCCCGGUGGCAGUGUUGGUGGGCCUUUCAAGGACACUGCCACGGUCAAGAUCGUUGUGGAGGACGCUGACGAGCCCCCCGUGUUCUCCAAGUCCAUCUACACACUAGAGGUCAAUGAGAACGCACCCGUCAACACCGUCAUCGGCACAGUCGGUGCCAGGGAUCCAGACUCCAGCGGGAGUCAAGUCAGGUACUUCAUCGACCGGCACACAGACCUGGAGAGGCAGUUUAACAUCAACGUUGAUGAUGGCAAGAUCACACUGGCCAAACCGUUGGACCGGGAGACGGACAUGUGGCACAACAUCACCGUUACUGCCACUGAAGUCCGUAACCACAGUCAGAUCUCCCGGGUGGUGGUGGCAAUCCGGGUCAUGGACAUAAACGACAACGCCCCAGAGUUCGCCAACGAAUAUGAAGCCUUUUUGUGUGAAAAUGGAAAACCCGGACAGGUGAUCCAAACGGUCAGCGCUGUGGACAGAGACGACCCGAUCCAAGGCCACUACUUUGAGUACCGCCUGGUGCCAGAGAUGCUCAAUAAUCCAAACUUCACCAUUAAGAACAAUCAAGACAACUCCAUUAGUAUCCUGGCCAAGCACGACACAUUCCGGCGGCAGAAGCAGGAGAUGUACUUCCUUCCUAUCGUGGUGACGGACAACGGCAACCCACCCAUGAGCAGUACCAACACCCUGACCAUUCGGGUGUGCGGAUGCAGCAAGGACGGUAUCGUGCAGUCCUGCAAUGUAGAGGCGUACGUCUUACCAAUUGGCCUCAGCAUGGGUGCGCUCAUUGCCAUCUUGGCCUGUAUCAUCCUUCUUUUAGUAAUAGUGGUGCUUUUUGUGACAUUGCGGCGACACAAGAAUGAGCCGCUCAUCAUCAAGGACGACGAGGAUGUGCGCGAGAACAUCAUCCGCUACGAUGAUGAGGGCGGAGGUGAGGAGGACACGGAGGCAUUUGACAUCGCCACACUGCAGAACCCGGAUGGCAUCAAUGGCUACCUGCCACGCAAGGACAUAAAGCCUGACCUGCAGUUCAUGCCACGCGCUGGCCAUCACUCGGGUCCCAACGGCGUAGACGUGGAUGAGUUCAUCAACGUGCGACUGCAUGAGGCUGACAACGACCCAACAGCACCGCCUUACGACUCCAUCCAGAUCUACGGCUACGAGGGCCGGGGAUCGGUUGCCGGCUCACUCAGUUCUCUGGAGACAACAUCAUCCGACUCGGACCAGAACUAUGACUACCUCAGGGAGUGGGGCCCUCGCUUCAGGAGACUUGGGGAACUCUACUCAGUGGGCGAAAGUGACCGGGAGACCUGACCAUAAAAAAUAAAACAAGACUUUCUGAAUUUUCUUUUUUCUUCUGUCCACGUGUGUAUUAAGCGCUAGAGCUCUAUCCGCUUUUAGAAACAAAAAAAACAGACAAAAAAAGGCCACAUUUUUGUAUUCUUCCUAGAGUCAAGGUAUAGCAGUCAUCCACAUCGUAAUCGUUGAGCUGAAACCAACCGUCUUUUAACUAGGAGAUUCUUGUGGAGUGUAAAAACGUUAGAUUCCGUUGUGGAGUGUCUAGCAGUGUUUUGGGUGUUUGUCAUUGGCUGUGACUUCCGGUAGCAGAGAGCUAGUAGGCCCUGUCCAGUCAAAGAAUCCUGAACGGACUUUA